CCCAUCUGCAUCUGUAAUAGGGAAACAGAAACAGGAGAAUGCAUUGCAGAGGCCCUUGUGACGGAAAGCUCAGUUGCUGUUGAAGACCUUUGAGCUUAACCUGAGUUAUCUGCAAGAGUCUUGUCAGAGGUUAUGGAUGUGCCUAAAACUUUCUGUUCUGGCUGAAAUGCUGACAUUGGUUUCUCUUUGGGGAAAAAAAAGGUAACCUAUAACAGUAUUCUGCCUGCAUAAUACUCAAGAAGUAUGCUUGACUGAGUCAGAGGUGAAAGGAGACAGAAAUCAGCAAGGCAAAAAGGCAGAAUAAGAGAAGGCCAAAGAAGACAAGAAAAAGCAAGAUAAGACAAGGAAGGACACAAGAAAGGAAGACAAGAACACACAUUUUAAGACAGUGAAGACACAGGACAAGGAGCGUGGCAAUGGAAGACAAGACCACAUAAAAAGAGAGGACAAACCAAAGAAAGCCAACAGGUAAAGUGAACACAUCAAUCUCCAGCGCACCAUUUGGACGAUUUAAGAGCAUCUAGAGAAACAAUGGCAUGCCAAGCAUUUAGCGCGGACUCUUUCAGCACACUCAGUGGAGACUCACCCUUGCCCAUCCUCAUGCACCACCCUUCAUCCAGUGACUGCCUUCCAGCCACCUCCCAUGCUCACAGCAUGGUUUCUGCAGUAUCCACCGGGCUGUCGCUGGGUCAGCCGUCCAAACGCUCUCACAUGCACCUGUCCACUUCCUCCCUCGGAAACGCUCUCGGAAACGGCCCCCCGAGCCUACAUUACCCAGUUGCCCCCUGUCACUACAGCAACCAGCAGGCCACCUAUGGCAUGAUGGCAGCUCAGGAGAUGCUCUCAGCCAGUAUUUCUCAGACUCGUAUCCUGCAGACUUGUGGCGUCCCUCACACUAACAUGGUGAGCGCUGGAAACCCAUUGCAAGGGUCUCUUACCCCUUGCUUGUACAAGUUUCCAGAUCAUGGUCUAGGUAGUGGUUCCUGUGCAUUAAGCCACAGUUUCUCCUCACUGCCCUCGGCCUUCCUCUCCACUGAUGAGGCCCCUGGGGGCCUCUCUGUUAUAGAGAUGAAAACUGACGCCCAAAGGAAGAGUGUGCGGGAGCCAGAAGACGCCCCUGCUAUGGACUCCCCACAGAUAAGAGAGCUGGAGAUGUUUGCAAAUGACUUCAAAAUACGGAGGAUCAAACUCGGCUACACACAGACUAACGUCGGAGAGGCUCUUGCUGCAGUGCACGGAUCAGAGUUCAGCCAGACCACAAUCUGCAGGUUUGAAAAUCUGCAGCUGAGCUUCAAGAACGCCUGCAAACUUAAGGCCAUUCUGGCUAAAUGGCUCGAUGAAGCUGAGCUGGCAGGAGCCCUGUACAGUGAUAAAAUAGGCAUGAAUGAGCGCAAGAGGAAAAGGAGAACAACUAUCAGCCUUGGAGCUAAGGAGGCUCUGGAGCGCAGCUUUGUGGAAAAAAACAAGCCAUCCUCCCAGGAAAUAACGCGGAUAGCCAAAGGUCUCCAUCUGGAGAAGGAGGUGGUCAGAGUGUGGUUCUGUAACAGACGCCAAAGAGAGAAACGGGUCAAAACCAGCCUCAAUCUUAGCUCCUGUUUGAGCAAAAUCAGCCCUAACUGUAUCACACAGAUGAGCAAAACACAAAGAGCAAUGAUGUGAUUUAAGGUUCAGCUAUAGAGUGUCGGUUUACAUCAGGUCUCUAUCAUGAUCAUGCUGUUUAGAAAUGCUUUUAAAACCAACAAUCUGACAGAAAUCAAUCUAUUAUUACACAAACAGAAAAACCUUAUAAGCUCUCCUCACUCUGCGUCAACAAACUUCUGAUACAAUUGCAACACUUUCAUUUCUUUUUACAUUCUGUACAUUAUGUGAAGCUGCAAACAAUGCACCACAAUUCUGUGAUAAAACACAUGUCUAUAUCAGUUUGUUUGUGGAAUCCAAUCAGCAAAUCGUUUUUGCUGAUUUAAAGUUGGAAAGACUUUAAAUGAAAGGCACAAUAUUCACCAUUAAUUCAGCUUAUUAGCAUGCUAAUUAGUAGCAUACUGGCUACUUAUUAGUCAAUAUUAAGUGUUACUAGUACCUUAUUAUAUGACAGUCUGUUAUCUAUAGGUAAUAGACUAUGGUCAUGUAGAAUAAGGUACAAAAAGGUUUGUAAUAAUGACUAAUAAGCAGCCCG